UUUAACUAAUCCCCUCUCUUCUUCCCACUUUUUCAAUUUUGUUUUAUCUCUCUCAGACAAUUCAUCAAACACCUUCCGAUCAUUCCCCAAAAACACAGUAAACGGAGAAUAAAAUUGCUGUUUUAGCCGAGAUUGUUAUUGAUUUAUUGAGUUAACGCUGCUCUCUUCUGCAAUUUCUGUAUUCUUCCUUUUUCUCUCUCAGAUAAUUCAUCAAGCAUCUUCCGAUCAAUCUCCAAAACACAGUAAAACGGAGAAGAUUAUCGCGGUUUUAGCCGACCACUUGUUAUUUGGGAUCGAUAAUUUAAUUGAUUUAUUGGCUUAAGGCCGCUCUCUUUUUCACUUCUCUAUUUUCUUCCUUUUUCUAUGUCAGACAAUUCAUCAAGCACCUUCCGAUCAAUCCAAGAAACAGUAAAACGGAGAACUUAAUUGCUGUUUUAGCCAACCACUUCUUAUAUUGUAACUGGCCGGUCUGUUCUUCUUCUUUUUGUAUUCUUCCUUUUUUCUCUGUCACACAAUUCAUCAAACACCUUCCGAUCAUUCCCCAAAACACGGUAAAAUCGCAGUUUUAGCCGACCUCUUCUGGUCUGGUUUGGGGUUUAUGUUGUAAUUGAAUUAUUGAUUUAACGCCGCUCUCUUCUUCCACUAUCUAUUUUCUUCCUUUUUCUCUGUCAGACAAGUCAACGAACACCUUCCGAUCAUUCCCCAAAACACGGUAAAAUCGAGGUUUUUAAUCGAUUGAUUAACGGAAAAGUAUGAUGAGAUUGUGUUACAGGCCAUUGGAAAGAUGUUUGGGUAGGCGAAGCGGUGAUGGGUUAUUGUGGCAUACAGAUUUAAAGCCUCAUUCAUCUGGCGAUUUUUCGAUGGCGGUUGUUCAGGCGAAUUCUUCAUUAGAAGAUCAAAGCCAAGUGCUUACUUCUCCUUCAGCUACAUAUGUUGGUGUUUAUGAUGGUCAUGGUGGCCCUGAAGCUGCUCGAUUUGUUAAUAGACACCUCUUCCCUUAUUUACAUAAGUUCCAGAAAGAGCAAGGGUGUUUAUCAUCAGAGGUGAUAAAGAGGGCAUUUAGUGCCACAGAAGAGGAUUUUAUUCGAUUGGUGAAGCAAUCAUUGCCGUUAAUGCCAAAGAUUGCUUCAGUUGGAUCAUGUUGUUUGGUUGGUGCUAUUUCGGGAAGUGAAUUAUACGUAGCUAAUUUAGGAGACUCCAGGGCAGUUCUUGGACGCAGAGGUUAUGACGGGGAGAGAAGUAAAGUGGUUGCAGAAAGGUUGUCAACUGAUCAUAAUGUUUCAUGUGAGAAGGUGCGGAAAGAGGUUGAAGCACUUCAUCCUGAUGAUUCAUCUAUAGUGGUAUAUUGCCGAGGAGUUUGGAGAGUUAAAGGCAUAAUUCAGGUCUCGAGAUCCAUUGGAGAUGCCUAUCUAAAGAGACCUGAGUUAAUCAGGGAUCCUGUCUUUCAACAAUAUGGAAAUCCUGUUCCUUUGAAGCGGGCUGUAAUGACAGCAGAACCUUCCAUAGUUACAAGAAAACUUAGACAGCAUGACUUAUUUGUGAUAUUUGCUUCUGAUGGCCUCUGGGAACACCUAACUGAUGAAGCAGCUGUGGAAAUAGUCUUUAAAAACCCAAGAGCUGGAAUAGCUAAGAGACUGGUGGGAGAAGCCAUUAAGGAGGCUGCUAAGAAGAGGGAGAUGAGGUACAAGGACAUCAAGAAAAUAGAGAAGGGGAUUAGGCGACAUUUCCACGAUGAUAUAACAGUUAUAGUGAUGUAUCUUGAUCAACAGAAAAACUCUUUCCAAUCCAAAGGCAUCGUUGGCUGUAUCAGUCCGCCUGUGGACAUCUCUUCUUAUCAUUCAGAUGGAGUUGCUGAUGAACCAAGUGGAUAGAGUUUCUUAAACAGGUAAUACAGCCUCUUGGGGCAAGCAGUGUAUAAUGGAUACAGUAGGAUUAUGGUAGUGAAAAUGAAAUUAUAUGUGGAAAGAGUGCAGGUUAUUGUACAUAUAAUCACAGUUUUGGGUUGGCUGGUUGAAUGCAUUGCCGGCAGAAGCUUUCAGUUUA